AUGUCAGGAGAUAAUCACUCUUCUGCUUCAUCUCCCCCACCGGAAAAGGCAGACUUGAGAGAUGAAUCUCCAGUAGGAGAGACUCAUGAAGAGCCUUCCAGCUCUCCGUGGUGGCCUUUUGGGCUAGUUUCCGCUGCUGCGGCUGCAGUGACUGGCGGAAGUGGUACCAAUGCGGGAACAUCUCCUGACGAGGCUUCUGGCGACGACGGGCCAACAGCACCUGGAGCGGCAGGAGCAUCAGAACAGGAAGGGGAAGCAGCAGAGGCAGCAGAAAAUGAGGGGGGCGGCGGGACUGUGCGUUUCCAUCCAGAAGCAACAGAAGGGGGUAAGGGGACGGGGCGGCGACGGCGGGUGCAAGAGGACGCAGUUGCCAACAUGGGCUUUGUGGAGUUAGUUGAGAAUUUGCUGCUGGCGCAUGACAGCAGCAACAGAAGAAACUUUAGGAGCAGCAGCCUAGGGAGCAUCUUGACUGAGGCCAGCAGCGAGCCGGACAGCGAUGCCGAUUCGGUAUACAUGCGUGCGGAGCAGGAUGGCGAGGAAGAAGACGGAUGGGAGUGGGAGGCGGAGGAGAUUUCUGCCUUUGCAUCCCAAAUCCAUGCGAAGAUGCGCCAGCAGUUGGAGCAGGAGGCUGCCUUCGUGGAAAUGGGCUUUAAACGUGGCAUCGCUGUCAUGACAGGGGAACUGGGCAUUGAAGACGACACCAAGAUGCUUUUACACGAGGGUCGUCUUGCUGGUUUGGGUUUGACGCCUCUGGAUGAUGAGACCCAGGCAGAUGCGCAGAGGAUAGACCUUGGCAUGCUUCUAACUCUCACUCCAGAAAACUACG